UUGCAGCCAAGCAACGUCCUCCUUUUAGACCACCAUCCUUAGCUUCUGCAUCUACUUGUGCCCAGCAUUUCCACUACUAUCUCCAACCAUCAGAACCAAUACACACAAACCACCCCGCAGUGCAAUGGAGGCCACCGCACUGAGCGUUGGCAAGUCGGUGCUGAAUGGAGCGAUUCGAUACGCCUCAUCCGCCCUGGCGGAGGAGGUUGCUUUGCAGCUCGGAGUCCGACGUGACCAAGUCUUCAUCACCAAUGAGCUCGAGAUGAUGCAGGCUUUCCUUGAGUCCGCUCAUGACGAGGGAGAUGGCAACAGGGUGGUCAAGGUCUGGGUGAAGCAAGUCCGCGACGUGGCUUACGAUGUCGAGGACACACUCCAAGAGUUCGCCGUGCACCUAGAGAAGCAGUCUUGGUGGCGUAUCCGUCGCAACCUACUCGACCGGCGCCGUGUGGCAAAGCAGAUGAAGGAUCUCAGAGCCAAUGUUGAGGAUGUUAGCCAGAGAAGCAUGCGCUACAACCUCAUCAAGGGCCCUGCCUCAAAGGCCGCCAUGGCGGCCGAGCAGUCUAACAUUACUUCUGCAGCACUGUUUGGCAUCGAUGAAGCAAGGCAUGCAAUGAAGCAGGAGAAAUCAAAAGUAGAACUUGUCCAGCUCCUCAACGAGAAGGAGAAUGACCUUAGGGUAAUUGCAGUGUGGGGAACAAGUGCUGAUCUCGGGCAGACUUCCAUCAUCAGGACAUUGUAUGAGGAUCCAUAUAUUAAAAGCAAGUUCUCAUGCCGAGCUUGGGUCAGAGUGAUUCAUCCUUUGAAUCCAAAAGAUUUUGUUCAGAGUUUGGUGCAGCAGUUUCACGCAGCCGUAGGGGUUGAUGCUCUGUUGAAAAUGGAGAAGACAUUGCAAGAGUUGGCUGAAGAGUUUAAUAGAUAUGUGAACAGUAAAAGAUACUUGAUUGUCCUAAACGACCUGUCCACUCUUGAGGAGUGGGAUCUGAUUAAAAGUUGCUUCCCGGACAAGACUAUGGGGAGCAGGAUCAUAGUGUCCACUGCUCAAGUAGAAGUUGCAAGCUUAUGUGCAGGGCAAGAAAGCAUAGUAUCAGUGCUUAGGCGCAUGUCUGCUGAUCAGAGUAUUUAUGCUUUCCAUCAGAAGGUCUCUCAAGAUGGAACAGGUUUAGAGUCAAGCUCAGACCGUGUCACUACCACUACAGAUAACAACUUUAUAGUGCCCACAGGUGAAAUAGUAGAGGAUCAAUCUGAGGGUGCUCCUGAUAAAAAUACCAUAAAAAAGAGCUUCACUCGCACCACGACAAUGAUGAUUGCUUUGGAGGAAUCUCAUCUUGUUGGGCGAGAGAAAGAAAAAGUUGAGAUUAUCAUGCGAAUUUCAAAUCAAGCUACCCAAGAAUACCAGGUGAUCUCCGUGUGGGGAAUGGGUGGUCUAGGAAAGACCACUCUAGUCAAAGAUAUCUACCAAAACCAAGAGCUGAGUAGCACAUUUGAGAAGCGUGCUUGUGUCACGGUUAUGCGUCCUUUCAAUCUUGAUGGUCUUCUUAGGAGCUUAAUUGUGCAACUAGAUAGAGGAUCUUCAGAUAAGAAAGACGUGGUGGGUUUGAUGGGCAAGACAAGGAACACAUUGCUAUUGAUGCCACUAAUAGGACUUAUUAAGGAGAUGGAAAGGCUUAUAGAAGGAAAGAGGUGCUUGAUUGUUCUUGAUGAUGUAUCAUCUACUGAAGAAUGGAACAUGAUAGUACCACAUUUCCAUGGAAUAGAACAUACAAGCCGGAUCAUGGUUACCACAAGGGAAGAAAAUAUAGCAAAACUUUGUUCACGGAGACAAGAAAAUAUAUACAUGCUUAAAGAUCUAGCACACAAGGAUGCACGUGACCUCUUCACUAAAAAGGUAUUCAAGAAGACUAUUGAUUUGAAUUUGCAAUAUCCAGAGCUAGUUGAACAGACAGAACAGAUUCUGAGAAGGUGUGGUCGACUCCCCCUUGCAAUAGUCACCAUAGGUGGCUUCUUAUCAAACCAACCAAAGACCUAUUUGGAAUGGAGGAAAUUGAAUGAUAAUAUCAAUUCUGAGUUGGAGAUGAAUCCAGAGCUUGGGACCAUAAGAAAUGUCCUUAUGAGGAGCUAUGAUGGUUUACCUUAUCACCUCAAGUCUUGUUUCCUUUAUAUGCCCAUCUUUCCUGAAGAUUACAAGAUUGGACGGGGCCGCCUGGCACGUCGGUGGAGUGCAGAGGGUUACUCAAGGGAGGUGCGUGGCAGGUCUGCAGAGGAAAUAGCGGACAACUACUUCAUGGAACUUAUAAGCAGGAGUAUGAUCCUACCAUCUCAACAAUCAAUUCAAAGUACAAAAGGAAUUGAUUCCUGCCAAGUCCACGAUCUUAUCCGUGAAAUUGGUGUCUCAAAGUCGAUGGAAGAAAAUCUUGUUUUUACACUCGAGGAAGAUUGCAGCUCAAAUAGCCAGGCCACGGUGCGCCACCUGGCUAUAAGCAGUAACUGGGAAGGAAAUAAGUCUGAGUUUGAGAGCAUAGUGGACAUGUCCCGUCUCCGUUCAAUCACAUGUUUCGGAGAGUGGAAGUCAUUUUUCGUUUCUGACAAGAUGAGGUUGCUACGAGUGCUGGACCUGGAAGAUGCAACCGGUCUACAUGGUCAUCACAUUAAGCAUAUUGGGAAGUUUCUUCACCUAAGAUACCUUUCUCUAAGAGGAUGUUGUGAUAUUGUUCACCUUCCAGAUUCAUUGGGUAACCUGAGACAGCUUGAGACACUAGACAUUAGAGAUACCCCCAUACUGAUGCUGCCAAAGACAAUCAUCAAGCUUCGCAAGCUAAACAAUCUUCGUGCUGGGUGGUUGUCAGAGAAUGAGGAUGCCUCAUUUGUUGUGGGGGAGGAUUUGCCAAAGGUAUUGAAUAACGGACCAUGCAAUUUACUUCUCGUGAUGCUGGCAUCUUGUUAUAUGUGUAUACUGUCUUAUGAUGAUGUUGACAUGAGCCGCCGAGCUAUGUGCAAUUUCUUGUGCUGCUCCCUGUUCCCUGCUAUGUUGAUGCGCAUUGAACUAAGUGGUGUUCUAGUGCCAAGAGGAAUGAGGAAACUGGAAGCCCUGCGCACAGUGAGUGUUCUGAACAUUGGCCGGCGGGGAAAGGAUGUUGUAAAGGACAUAAAACGGCUUGUUCGUCUGCGCAAGUUGGGAGUGACCGGCGUCAAUAAGGAAAACGGAAAAGAGCUGUGUUCUGCAGUUGUUGGUCUUAGCCGCCUGGAGUCAUUAUUGAUACGGUCAGAGGGGGAGCCAGGUUUAUGUGGCUGCUUGGAGGGAAAGUUCUCGUUUCCGGAGACACUCCAGAGCCUCAAGCUGUACGGCAACCUGGUUAAGCUGCCAGAAUGGAUACAGGGGCUCAAGAAUCUGGUGAAGCUGAAGCUGCGGAGCUCCAGGAUAACAGAGAACGAUGCUGGCAUACAAGUCCUUGGGAAUCUACCCAAUCUGGCGUUCCUGCAUCUGUUGGAGAAGUCACUAGAGGGUGAAGAGGUCCAUCUCAGUUUCGAGCAGGGGACGUUCCCGAGCCUGGUGGUGCUGGAGCUGAGCAUCGGACUCAAAAAAAGGCUCAAGUCCGUCAAGUUUGAACAAGGAACAGCCCCAAAGCUUGAGGUGCUCAAGUUUGGUACGGAUACAUACAUCGGCUGUAGUUAUGUUUUCGGUCUACCAUAUCUCUCAAGCCUCAAGGAAGUUCUGCUCCAAGGUUCCUAUCAUGUGACUGAAUUGGCAUACGUGAGGGCUGAGCUCGCCGAGAAUCCAAAUCGACCUGUCAUGAAGUGGGGCUGAUCGUGUUUCAGAGAAUUCAGAGGUCAAUCACGCCCAACAAUCCAAGGCAAGUAGGAGUGUUGUUGUAUUUUCAUUUCUGUGCAGUAUCUACGGACAGUUUUUGUUGGAAGAACAUCUAUGAGAAGUUAGUAGUUGAUAUUUGCAUUCGUGCUGGUUGAUGACUUGUUUUGAAGCCAGAUAUCACCUGUAAUAAUGUAUAGGCUGCGUCCAUCGAUGUCCUGAUAAUUAUGCGCGCGCUUGAUCGUGUGCAUAUCUGAAUCUUUUUCCAGCUUGUUUGUUAUACUGCCUGUUUAUUGUUCAUAUGGGAAUGGCAAUUUGGUGUAUUUUUUUUUCU